AUGCUCGCAAAGACUUCUCUCUCAACUCGAUUUGCUUUCGUUCAAUCCCGUAAUGUGGUGGCUCUUCAACAAGCCUUGAAAAAUCAUGGUAAUUCCGUAGCUCAUUUCUCGAGCAAUAAUUCAAGAGUAUUGGCUGAGACCAUCAAAACAACAGUGGGUACUGCUGCUCCCAAGCAAACAAAACAAAAUGAUACUGCUACCCCUGCUUCUACUAAAGCAGCAGCUGAUCCAAACUUUUGGACCAUCAGAGGAAGCGUUAAUUCGGUAUAUCUUAUUGGAACGGUUUCUAGUGAUCCUGUUUUCAAACAAGUUGCUAACGGAAGUACAAUGACUAGUUUCUCCAUAGUUACUUCGGAGAGAAUUAAAAAGAAGGACGGAACCAUCCAGGAACAAACAAACUUCCACAACAUUGUUUCAUUCGACAAUCUUUUGGCUCGUGUUGCCCAAAAGUACUUGAAGAAGGGAUUUAUUGUCAAUGUUAAGGGAAAGUUAACUUACAGAGAGGUCAAGAAAGAGGGAACCGAUAUUACUUACAAUGUUCCUCAAAUUGUUGUUUCUCAAUUCUCUGAUCUUAAGGUCAUUUAUGGCAAAGUUCCACGUGAUCAAACACAAUAG